AUGGGGUCGAAAUGUUGGUUCGUCCUCUCACAGACGCACUAUCCCCCACCGGAAAUCCCCAAGAACGGAUUCGGCCCUUCACGAGGCCCGGUUUGUCUAGGACACCUGAUAACUGACCUCCGACAUCUCGACAAUGUCAUCAACCGGGACGGGCCGCUCGACAUCCCGCCGAACAUGCCGAUCCACUCGAGCAAGGGGUGGGGACUAAACUGGCAGAUACACACUGGCCGCGGUGCAGAGGUUUCCGCGACAGCCGGCGCGCCCAUCGCUGCGGCUGCCGGGGUGACGAUUAAGCUGGAUGCCGGGCUUGCUUUCGAGAUGAGUGUCAGAAAACACUGGGAAUUCGAGGCUCUCGAGACGUUCAUUGUUCAACCAACCAAUAAUUUCGUCGAGGAAAGCGUCGGUACAACCGAAGUUCUCGACCAUCUCAAGAAGCAAGGUUGGCUGAAGACAUCGACGCUGUUCAUGAUUACAGGGAUUGCCAUAGCGCGAGGCGCCUCUAUCGGGGUUUCUCAAACUGCAACCAAGAAGAUAGUUGGGGGGCCAGGGAUGUGA